CGGCAAUCAUGCGGCCCCUCAACAUCCGAGGCGAUCCUCUCCUCACCUGCGCCUAGGCUGGUUGACUCUUUUACUCGCACCCACUUCUUCUGGGGGCUGAUCGUGUUUAUCCACUCUUCUAUUGUGGUUGGUUUCGCCACUACCCUUUUCCAUCAUUGUUCGAUAUUUUUGAUCCGUGUGUACCAUACUAUCUGGCUACUAUGAGAUGCCAGGCAUCUAUCAGCUAAUCAGGGACGUAACGUCGACGACACGGCAUGCGAAAUUCAUCGUAUUGGUGGGCUUCUGAUUCCCCUGAUACUAGAUUGUAUCGCGUCCUCCAGUGUCAAAUCUUGGACCGCCAGCUUCUGGUAGCCUCUGCGUUCUUCCAUUCCAUUCGCUUUCCUACAGCAAAUCCCAACAGAGAGUCUCAAUACACUGACGGUAUCAAGCCACGAUGCAGGCUGGUUAAGCUUCCAGUCUCUCUAUUUGUAAGGCUAGGUUCUCUUCCCAAACCUUUACGCUUUUCGCAAAUCAAUCGACUAUUGUCCAUUCAACCUCACACUAGAUUGUUGCCAAUAGCUUCACCUAAUCAAAAUCGCAGUCACUCUAACCACGAUUGUCACGCCGCAAGUUUCGGGGACCCUAGAAUAUCUGACAAGUCGCUUCUUGGUUGCUCUAUUUGUGGUAGCAAACCAGAACCUUUAUUGCCUUUGCGGAAAUAUAAAAGUAAAGCCAAAACGCCAAAUCAUUGCGAGAGGGAAAUCAACCAUCACCGCGGGACACUGUUAUCCAGCUUUCUCCUCCAUUUAUUCUUUUCGGACCUCUUCGUUGUCCCAUAGCUCCUACCCUGCAAGGUGACACCAAUUGCCUCGGCGAUUUGCGCUUCAGGAGAAGCAAAACACACAUCAGGGAACAGAAACCACCAUAUACUUUGCAUCAUACCUUGCCCGAGGUUGGACGUGUUCACGACUCUUCCUUUAGCCUUCUCAUCAACCUGUCAAUCUGUCCUCCAUU